CGGUAUUUAGGACCUCAUUAGCAUUGUUGCUAAUGACAAUGCCUCAUUGUUUCAGCGAGUUGCGCAAAUCGACCAAAAAUGCCUUUUGAAGUACAUAUAAUGGGCAUUGUGGUUUUCCUGUUUUUUUCAAAAGCACUGUACCUACUUCAUGUUUACCCGUUUUUAUCAUCCAGACUUGGAUAUUAGGCUAUUAGGCUACAUGCCAAAUGCCUUAGGUACCGAAAGUCUACGUGAUUUGCGUCAUUAUAAAAUAUUUUGAUUAAAAUGCUGACGUAAAUGGAAGCGAUUGUCACCAUAUUAUUAUGGUGAUUGUAUUGAUUUUGGCGUGUUCUAAUUCGACUGGAAAACCAUUAUAAAUACUGGCUUUCCCUAAGCAUUCAUUUAGUCCCGAUCUGCUACCCGAGUCACACGAGACCUAUCAAUACUCUGUUUAAAAUGGGUUUACAUUAUUCUAAAAACCGAUCCCAUAAUCACUGUGUUACUCCUACUCAGAAGUGUAACAUCCAUGAAAUUUUAAGGCAAGAACAUCAACAAGUAAUGCAAAGGAUAGUGGCAUUUUCCUGCAGCAUCUCUCUGGAAGAUAAGAAUGAUAAGAAGAACAGAUAUCCUGAUGCGCCCUGCUUCGAUUACAACCGGGUGGUCCUUCCGUUUCGGAAGGGUCUCGACGACUACAUCAAUGCUAGCUACGUUGACGGACACAACAUUAAGAGAAGAUUUAUCUGUGCCCAGGGUCCAUUGAAAGAAACGGCCCACGACUUCUGGCGAGCUGUGUAUCAAGACCGCGUUCGUGUUAUCGUCAUGCUUACCAAGACCUAUGAAAAUAACAAACAAACGUGCUACCCUUAUUGGAUUCCGUACAAAGGAUUCACCGUGACCUACGGUAAGCUUAAAAUAAAGACCAAGAAAAUAAGAUGCUUCCGCAACUAUAAGGUGACAACUUUGCGUCUCACUAAUACUAAUACUGGAACCGUAUUCGACAUCAAGCAUUUCGCUUACAAGGACUGGCCUCAGGAUGGCGUUCCGUCAGAUGUGAAGAACUUCCUGGAGUUCGUCUUGGCGGUGAGGCGUGCUGACUCAGAGGCUGAAGUUCAGGUAUCAAGUGAAAACCGUGCGAAAAAGUCUCCUAUCUUGGUGCAUUCCAGCGCAGGUCUGGACCGGGCGCCAGCGUUUUGUGCGAUAGAUAUAUGCAUUUCUAAGUACAUCGAAAGUGCAAUCAUACCGUUGUCAACAACAUUGUGUGAUCUUCGUAAGCAGAGAAACAAUUGUCUCUCAUUACAUACGCAAUACACGUUCUGUUAUUUUACAGUGCUCCAGUUCGUUAUGUCAACGGCUGGUUAGAUAAAAUACAGCUAUUUGAUGUUCAUAGUGUAAUUUUAGUAGACUGUAAGUAAACAUUUGUUAUUAGGAUAAGUUUGGUCGUAUAUCUGAUGUGUUUAAUCUUAUAACUUACUUUUAUUUAGAAUAGAUCGCUCAUAUAUUGCUUAUUAUUGUCUAUGAUAAAUUUGUUCACGAUUUUAAUUACAAAUUAAAAUAGCUAUAGAAUCUCAUCUCAAUCCAUCUUCGGGAUUUCUUUGUCUAUCACAUAGAGUUAUCUGUAUUGAUAAAUUCUAUAUAUCCUAUAUUAUCCUCAAUUUUG